GGAGCGGGCGAUCGGGUUUACAGCGAGGCGGAAGCAGAAAGCGCAACUAGUGCGUCGUGUUCUGCUGCCGCUGCCAGGAAAGGUUUCGGAUGGGAUCUGAAAUGUAUGCGCGAGGUAACUGCACGCGGCGAAAGAAAGCCUACAAACUGCUACAAGUGCACGCGGUAUCUGACGUCCAUAGAUCAGGGUGCCGCCCACUCGAUCGCUCACGUGCUUCUGUGUUUGUAGAGGGCCAGCGGCGUGCAAAGUGAUAAUGUCCGGCCAGACGCUGUGUUUGUGCGAAGCAGCGAGCAGGCCGUGACAGGCGGCGAUGAAUGCUGCGUCCAUGGACGACCCACACGAGCCGUCGAUCGAGGAGCAAUCUUCGACCGCCGGCUCCGCAGGAUUCGACGAGAAACUGAGCCGCUACCUGGAGCGCUACAGCGUCGGCUCGUCGAUAAACGUGAGUGGAAGGCGCAACAGCGUUGUGUGUCACGUCGAUCCGUCAGAAACUUCGCGGGCGCGAUGAUGUUCACGAAGGACUGGUGCGCCAUCCGCGUGCCAUGGAGCGUUACAUGCGGCUCAAGCUGCGACGAUUCUUCAUGAACCCGCUGGAGAAGUGGCGCCACAGCGGUCGCUUCCCUUGGAAACUUACGCUGCAGAUAUUCAAACUGGUGGUGGUAACGAUACAGGUGAUCUCAUUCGGCAUGGAGAGCGCCACCUUUCAACGCCAGCAUCGCAACACUUACAUGGCCCUCGAGCACAUUUUGCUGAAGGGAUGGGACACGUCGCGUGAUGUGCUCAUCUAUCCGCCUCCUGCGGGACCGUACGUGGUCGAAACGAAGGACAAGUUCUACGACCAUGUCCGAAACGUCGUGCUCCGCUAUAGCACCAUAACUACUGACCCGGUGGGGACCUUCGAGUACGCCUCGCCCGACGGUUCUUUCCAGCCGGCUGUCUUCUGCGAAACGACGUUUAAGGAUGGCCGGGUAUGGCCGUUUAACUCGACGCUUAGCUUCGACAGCGAAACCGUCACCAACUGCACGAACAUCACCGCUCCUUGGCUCACGUCUGACGGGGACUGGGAGGACUUCCACUUGGUGAAGUUACUGGGCCGACAAAUUUCAUUCGAUGAACUGAUCAAGGCCAGAAUAUCGUUCUCUCUCAAGGCACUGUACUUGACGAAGAUAGACGAGUCGAUUUUCUCAGAGUGCUACGAAUAUCAUUUGUCCGUUGUUUACGACAACUCGAAGCACGAUGGCGUCAUUGCAAUCGGGAUGCACCUGAAUCCCACCUGUGCACACUGUCGCAGAAGUGUCGCCAACAUGGUACCACGUACGGUUUACACCUUGCGCCAGUGUCUAAACGUGCUCAUCAUAGUGACAUGCGCCUUCUCGAUGCUUUUGUGUGUCCGAUCGCUCUACAGAGCCCAUAAACUCUUGCGAAAGACGUCAACGUAUUUCACAGACUACUUGCACCGAGAACUGCUGUGGAAAGACAAGAUAGACUUCGUUGACUUCUGGUUGAUCAUCAUCAUUGUGGAUGACAUGCUGCUCAUAGCUGGAUCCGCUGUCAAGAUCCGAAUCGAAGAAAGACUAGUCCCAAACCUCAUGUACACUGCGUGCUCUUUGCUGUUGGGUUGCGGGUGCCUCCUGUCUUGGUGCGGAUUACUCCGCUACGUGGGUUAUUUUAGGGUCUACAAUAUCCUCAUUCUCACAUUGGCGAAGUCAAUCCCCAACGUCAUCCGCUUCCUACUGUGCACCAUGCUUCUGUUCUGCGGCUACGUUGUCUGCGGAUGGGUUGUAAUUGGACCUCACCACAUAAAGUUCCGGACGGUGUCCACAUCUGCUGAAUGUCUGUUUUCUAUAAUCAACGGUGAUGACAUUUUUGCGACGUUCGCCAUGUUGUUUGACGGAAAAGAUCUGGUCAUAUGGUACUUUGCGCAGGUCUAUAUGUACAGUUUCGUUAUCUUGUUCAUCUACGUUGUGGUCAGCUUGUUCGUGGCAAUAUUUGUUGAUGCUUACGAAACCAUACGUGAUGCACAGACUGGGGACGAUGAACCAAGUGUCAUGUGGGCAUUUAUUGCAGAGUCCAGCGACGAACCAACUAGCAGUGCAUAUCUCUCAGACGACGAGCUUGAAAAACUGCGUCCUUUGUCUCGUGAGCUAUCUUGAUAGAAAAGCAUUGUGUAUACACCGUUUAUACAGGAGAUAACUUAUGGACAUAACCCACACUGCUGCAGCCUGCAUUCUUCAGAAUAUGAGGCUGCCAGUGGAGUCAUAUACACCUUAUGGUCUUAAUCACUUCUUGGUUGAAUGUGUUAGUGAACAGUUAUUGUGACAUGUGUUGUGUGUUACAAUAGGUAACUAGCUAUAUGCACUGAAAUAAUGAAGUGUCAUAACUUAAAUGAACAAGUAUUUAUUGUAUGUGCAAUACUAAUGAGGUUGCUGCAAGUACAGAAUAGUAGCCCCAAAACCUAGUCCUGUAGAAUGUAAAAGCACUUUGUCUUUACUUGCUGCUUGUACUGGUUGGCAGUUACUUUUGCCAAUAAAAAAUAAGGGAAAAAAAAAAGGGCUGGCUCUCCCAUAAUUGAGAUAGCGUGAAAAGGCAGCAUGACACACUCUCGGAGGCAGUACAAAACUUUCACCGUGAGACUCUUAGAUUGCCAGCAGUAAGAAGAGCGCAAACAACCCUCUUUCAAGUGCCAAAGAACAAUCAAAUUUAUAAUACCCUGUAUCUCGCCCUUGCCAUAGAUAAUAAGUGUAUGGGCUUAGUGUCUGG